UUUGCUGCUGCGGCUGUUCAACAGCGACUACUUUUCCCCGCACCUAGCACUCAGCUAGUAGGUAUACCUUUCUCAUAUCUCAGCCUCCGCACGUAUGCGGACCAUAUCGGCAUCUCGUACUUCCUCAUCGACAAGCUCAGCAGCGACUUUCCCAAGGACGAGGUCGAAUUCUACUGGCUCCAAUACUGCCACCUGCUCGUCACACGACCCACCGAGUCGCGGGCGCUCGAAUGCUAUAUCCUGCGUCGCUGCGAGGAGGACGUCCAUGUCGCCCUGCUGACUCUUUGGUACCUGCAGGCGCACCUCGCCGACCUUGCUGCAGAGCCCGAGUCGCUUGGAUUCCGCACAUGCCAGCGCGUGUAUAACCGAUGCCAGCGCAUCCUGUUCGAGGACCCCGAGCCUGAGGCCCAGGUCCCGCGCCAGCAGCUCUUGCGCUUUCUCCCGGUCUUCGAGGCACAACGCAAGGUAUAUCCCGACAACACAGCCAGUGCCUUUGUGGGGCUGGCAUCGUCGCUCCUGGCGAUCGGCAGCCCAUCAGUCUCGCAGUAUGGAGGCGCUAUGGCCGCGCAGCAGGGCCGUAAACCGCCAGACGGCGUCCGACUGGAGUCGGCCGUCGUGAACGAGGCCCGUGGCCCGGCGCCAGCGCCCGCCCUCGAGCCGGCAGUCCCCACGGUGCCGCCGGUGGAGCCAGUGGCCACGAGCGAGAAUGUCGCUUCGUCGGCGCCGGAUCUCGCCGAGCAAGUCUUUGGGCUCGACGACGACCGCCCGCGGCCAGCACCCACCGAGACGCCGCCCGCCGCGCCCAUGUCGUCGCCCGCACCCUCUGCGCCGCCCGCCGCGCUGACGCCCCGCACGCACUCGUACGCGCUGCUCCAAAAGUACCUGUGUUCGCACUAUGGACGCACGGCCAUGCAGUUUCUUCAGGCCCUGCAGGAUAUCCCGGUACGACUGCAGCCGCUGCCGAAGCCGGCGCGGCUCUCCGCACUGCGGGCGGAGCUGACGGCACUGAACCGCACGCUCCCCGCGGAGGUGUGCUUCCCAACAUGGUGCCAUGGUACGGCCAUGGAUGAGCCGCGUCAGGAGCGGCACCACCGCGUCGUCCGCAUUAGCGCGUCGGAAGCCGUGGUGCUGAACUCGGCGGACCGAGUGCCGUACCUGCUCCAUGUGGAGGUUCUGCGCAACGACCUGGACUUCGAUCCGAACCGGCGGUACAACCGCGAGCUGCUACAGCGCAUCUUUGACGGGGACAAGCGCGCGUGCCAGCCGCUUGUGAUGGCGGAUGUGCGCCGAAUGUCGGUGCCGCAGGACCCGCUGGAGUCCUCGCAGAGUGCACAGAGUGCGACGCCGGCGCCGGCGCUCUCGGGCGAAGUCGACUUGACCGAGCAGAUGUACGGCUCGGACUUGGGCGGCUUUGGCCGCGAGCACGACCCGGAGGAGGGACUUGGGCACAAGAACGAUACCCUGGACACGGCCGUAUGGGCGCAUGCUUCUGCUGCUGGCGAACCGUCGCAGUUCUCGCUCGAAGAGUAUGCGCAGCGCAUGCGGACCGCGGCCGUCAUGCUGGCUCAGCUGAACAAGGGCGGCGGGACGCCGCGCGCUGGUGCUACAGAGCAGGGCGAGGUGGCCGAGGCGUCUGGCGCGCGCGUCUCGUUCGCAGAUGCACAGCGCAUCCGGCAGCGGAUCAUGGACGAGAUGGCGGCGCUGGAGGAGCAGCGUAUGGACCGCAUGAAGCGGGGCGGGCAGUACUUCUCGCGGCGGCGGCAGGACACGAUGGCAGCAGAGGACGAGAGCGCCGUGCUCAAGGCGGUGAACAAGGACGACCCGAGCGCCGCCUACUUCCGCGAGUCGUGGACGGUCAAGAAGGAGCGGAUCCGCGCGUCGUCGCCCUACGGCCGUCUGCCGACAUGGGACCUUUUCUCCGUUAUUGUCAAGACAGGGGCGGACCUGCGGCAGGAGCAGUUUGCCGUGCAGCUUAUCAACGAGUUCCGCCGGAUAUGGAACCACGGCGGCAGCCGCUGCUGGGUGCACUAUUUCCGCAUUGUCGUGCUCAACGAGAAUGCAGGUCUCAUUGAGACGAUCAAGGACGCCAUCUCGAUUCACUCGAUCAAGAAGGACGCGUAUGCGCGACAGCUGGAUGGGCAGACCAUCUCGGCGUACAGCCUGUACGACUACUUCGUGCAAACGUACGGCGAGCCACACACGGUACGUUUCCGGCGUGCGCGAAGACACUUUCUCGAGUCGCUUGCGGGGUAUGCGAUUGUGUCCUACCUGCUGCAGAUCAAGGACCGGCACAAUGGCAACAUCCUCGUCGACUCCGAGGGCCAUCUGAUCCACAUCGACUUUGGCUUCAUCCUGGGUCUUUCGCCCGGCGGCGUCGGCUUUGAGGCCGCCCCGUUCAAGUUCCCCCGCGACUAUAUCGAUAUCCUCGGCGGCAUGGACAGCGAAGGAUACCACGAGUUCCGCUCCCUCAUGCAACAGGGCUUCCGCGACAUUCGCAAGCACGCCGAGCGCUUCAUCCUGCUGGUCGAGCUCAUGCAGCGCGACUCGCACUUGCCGUGCUUUGUGCUGAACGACCAGGCGGCAGCACAGCUGCGCGACCGCUUCCAGCUCGGCCUCACUGCGGCGCAGUGCGACGAAUUUGUCGACCGACUUAUCUUGAGCGCGGCAGGCAGUGCCUUUACGCGUCUGUAUGACCAGUACCAAAACUUUACACAGAAUAUCCUAUAG